AUGGAGCAAAAUCAGUUUGCGUCAAAGGCGGAUGUUGAUGUGAUAAACAAUCAGUUGGACCAACUUGUGGAAGCUAUGGCAACCUUGGAAAGGAGAGAUGACAGUGUUCAACGGACUAUAGUCAUCGAGAAUAUCAUUCCACCUCAAUAUCAUAGUUUUGCUUUCUCUGUGCAAAAUUCCCAAGGGGCAGUCCCAGUGACGAAAAUCAAAGAUCCACGAGAUGUGGCGGUUGCUGAAAGAUUUCAGGUGUUAGAAGAGAAGCUUAAAGCCAUAGAAGGGCAUGACGCUUUCGGUCUGAAUGCUUCGGACAUGUGUUUAGUGCCUGGCCUGAUAAUGCCUCCAAAGUUCAAGACACCGAACUUCGAAAAGUACAAAGGGGAUAGUUGUCCAAAGAACCAUUUGGUGAUGUUUUGCAGAAAAAUGACUUCAUAUGCUCGCAAUGAUAAGUUGAUGAUUCACUAUUUUCAGGAUAGUCUGGGUGGAGCAUCAUUGAGUUGGUACAUGCAGCUAGAAAAGUGCCACAUCCAAUCAUGGUUAGACCUGGCUAAUGCCUUUUUGAAGCAGUACCAUUACAAUUUGGACAUGGCUCCCAGUCGUAUGCAGUUGCAAGGUUUGUCUCAAGAGAGCAACGAAUUCUUCAGAGGAUAUGCCCAAAGAUGGAGAGAAUUAGCCGCUCAAGUUCAACCACCACUUCUAGAAAAAGAAUUGGUUGACUUAUUCAUGGAUACCUUGCAAGGUCCAUACUACAAAAAGAUGAUAGGCAGUACUGCACCUGAUUUUUCUCACUUGGUGUCAGCUGGAAUACGCAUCGAGAGUAUGCUCAAAAGUGGAAAGAUCCAAGACGUCUCGAACAUCCAGGCUAGCGAGAGUGAAUCCCUUGUCAGUUCCCAGGAACAAGAGGAGAUGGAAAUCAACGCAAUCUAG